AUGCGGAACUGCCCUAAUAUUCCGGUGACUUAUGCCUGGAACAAGAAGGCGUGGAUGACGAGGGAUAUUUUCCUCAAGUGGCUGAAGGCCUGGGAUUCGGACCUGGCCCGUCAAGGACGGAAGGUAUGCCUUAUUGUCGAUAAUUGCACGGCACACCGCACGGACGCCCAGCUGAGCAACAUCGAAGUGGUAUUCCUGCCGCUUAACCCUACUUCGAAGCUCCAACCGUUGGAUCAGGGUAUUAUCCGCACAUUCAAGUCUAACUACAAGCGUCGGCUGAUCGACAUUCUGCUCGUAAAACUGCGGAUCGGCCAAGAUCUGAAGAUCGAUCUCUUUGGAGCCAUCCAAAUGCUCAAAGCAUCGUGGGAAAACGUCAAGCAGUUGAUGAUAGCUAACUGCUUUCGGCAUGCGGGCUUUGGUCGCACUGACGAGGAAUCAGUGGAAGAAUCCGAGGAAGCUGGGUUGGCAUGCGCAGAUGAAGAAAGCGAGCUCGCCGAAACGUGGAGCAAGCUGGAGAGGAGAGCUUUGUAG